UAUCAAGUUGUUAGGUUAAAUUAUAACCAUCAUGAGUGUCUAAAGAAAUCAAGGGUCUAUUUAUCACGUUUAAUAACCAUAAACUCUGCUCUUAUUUGUGGGUUUAAUCCGCGUGUGGCAGAGACUACAUUGAGACGCUGACAUAAUUCACCACAUGACCGUUGCGUUUCCUGGGAAGGUUCAUCACGUCUAUGACGUAUUUGACUGACGCGUUAUUUAUGCGUCAGUUAUUCAGGUUUACAGUUGAAAUAGAAAUAAAAGACACGUGUUUGUUUUCAGUUCAUAGAAUCUGUCUCACAGUUUCAUUUGUCCUACAAACAGCUCUUUUUAUACAAAGCAACAUAUAGAAAGUGAUUUGAACCUGCAACCACUUGAUCUGCUGUCAACAGUCUUACCGCUGUCUCCCAUGCAAAUCCCAACUCUUUAGCACGCGAAAGGGUCACUCGGUAUGGACGGGGUGAGCGGUAUUAGUCAGACGUUGGUAGGCUAGCUAGAAUUAUGUGAAUGUUGACUGUUGUAGCAGCUGGGAAGUGCUGCUUGCAGUGAUAGCCUGCAAGCUACAGCUAGGGAAGUACAUAAUAGCCAUGUUUGAGCUAGAUGGGUAAACGUUUUACCGUAAUACUAGGGUGACCAGAUUUGAGUUUGUGAAAAAGAGGAGACUUCGUUGCGUCGGAGGGGGUCGUGUAUUGCAUGCCGCACUAUCUGGUCAAUAUGACAGUUCUCUCUACAGUCAGAGCUCGCUCAAGAAGGUGUAACGUAAUGGAGAUACCCUUUCCAAAACUUGUAAGGGCGUAAUAGUUGUGAAAGCUUAGGUCACGAAAAGAGGACAUGUCCGGGUAAAAGAGGACGUCUGGUCACCCUAGGUAAAACUAGACAACGUUAGUAGGUAGUAGUAGAUGUUGUGGUAAUUUCAACUCUGUAUCUAGUUGCAGAUACAGUGUUGCUAUUUAGGUCAGAUAUGUACCGUUUUGGUCCCAAUACAAGACGUGGCUUUCUUCCUAUAAUUCUGAAACAGUGGGUUCGUCUCAUAUUUGCUCCUUAGACUGAUGACGCCAAGUACCGGUAUUUACAUAGCGUACAGUGCCAUCGGCCUGAAAGAUGGAAAGACACAGCAGUGAUCGUCUUGAACACAGCAGUGAUCGUCUUGAACACAGUGUCUCAAAAGUAGGUCAGGUUAACCAACAACCGAGGAGGAGUUAUGACGCAAGUUUUAAGAUCGUGGUGAUUAAUGCAGCGGAGUCAUCCGACAAUUCUCGAGCAGCUAAGGAACAUGGUGUCACGGAAUGUAAUGUUCGAAGAUGGCGAACCCAAAAAGACCGUCUUAAAAAUGCGAACAGUCAGAGAAAAUCUGACCGCGGUCCUCAGAGCGGCCGCUUCCAAGAGAUUGACAGGCGAGUGUGCGACUACCUAACUGAAAAACAGGAUGAUGGAAUGCCAAUUACCAGAGCCGUCAUUCAACUGAAGGCUUUGGAAAUAGCCAAAGAGCUAAACAUACCGACCACCGAUUUCAACGCAAGCUAUGGCUGGUGUAGAAGAAUGAUUCAGCGUAAUGGACUUGCACAACAACUAGGACCAAGUUUGCAUUCAGACUCCAGAGAGAAGCUACAAGUGCCGGGAAUUCUGAAAGACCAUGCCUGUCCAAUCCCUGAGCUGGUGGUGAAGGUGAAAGAGGAGGAUGAAGAGCAUGGUGUCGCUAUGGUGAAUUCAAUCGGAGAAACUGCCAGUGAAUGUUUUGAUAGUAAGGAGGAUCUGUUUACAUCAGUAGCCCCAAGGCAGCCUCACCACAGCAACCAGGGAACUCCGCAAAACUCCUCAUCGCCCCUGCUCUUGGAGGUGAAGGUGAAAGAGGAGGAUGGGGAUGAAGAGUAUGGUGCGUUCAUCUCCCCAGGGGGUGAGGACGCUCCUCCUGUGGGGGCUGAACUCCAAGCGGAGAAACCCCACCUCUGCUCCGUCUGUGGGAAGCGGUUCGUCACAAAGCGCUCCAUGACCGACCACAUGCGACUUCACACGGGGGAGAAACCGUACGCCUGUGCCGUGUGCGGGAAGGCAUACCACCUCUCCAGCACCCUCCGGAAACACUCGCUGGCUACGAAACACGAGCAGGACCCCAAACCACCGAAGAAAAAAACCGGGCAGCACGUGUGUGGGAUCUGCGGCAGAGACUGCCAUAAGCUCUCCGCUUUCCAGAUCCACAUGAGGGUCCAUUCCGGAGAGAAACCCUACAGGUGCAAACUGUGCGGGAAGGCCUUCAGUCAGAGGGGCCAUCUGAACGACCACCAGAAGGUUCAUUCUCGAGAGAGACCGUACCACUGCUCCAUCUGCGGAAAGAACUUCUCGUACUCCGGGGCGCUAAAGAGGCACGUCUUUAUGCACUCUGGCUUGAAGCCGUUCUCCUGUUCUGAGUGCGGGCGCAGCUUCGCGCAGCGAAGCAACCUGAGGGAGCACAUGCUGAAUCACUCAGGGGAGCGGCCGCACGGCUGCCAGCAGUGUGGCAAGACGUUCGCCCGACCCUCUAACCUCAGGCUGCACGUCAAGACCCACAGGCAGAGGCGCUACUGCUGCGGCGUGUGUGGGAAGGGUUUCUCACGCAUCUUCGCCCUCCACCGACACCAGGACAGGGUGCACGGGGAGGAGCCGGGGGACGGGCCGGGGGAGGGGCUGGGGGAGGGGCCGGGGGAGGGGCCCGGGCAGGGGCCGACACCAGAGGCCGGCGCUGCAGAUGCUGUUGACUAGGGUUUUUUCUGUUAGCUGAGAAUGCGGUGUUGCUAGGGUGAUUUCUUAGCACCUAGAAAAUUCCCUAUAAA